AUGACGAUGGCAGAUACCUGUGAAAUUGAUCAUAUCGUUGCUUCCGAACGAUAUCGACUUCAAACUUUUGAAAGUCUUGCACAUCUUCCGUUAAUAACUCGUCGUCAAUUGGCUCUUGCUGGUUUUGUUCAUCGACAAAAUGAAUGUGUAUGUCCACAAUGUGGUGUUAAAAUAAAUCUUGAACAUUUCGAUGAGAAUGUGGAAUAUGAAUCCAAUCAUUUUCGAAAACUACAUCGAAAAAAAGUUUCACUUCUCGGCAAACGUUGUUCAUUUUUACUAUAUGAAUCUGGUACAAAUAUAGAUGAUCUUCAUACGCCACUAUCAUCGAAUCAACAACCACAUUGGGAUGAUGCUGAAAUACCUGAAUAUAUUAAUUAUGCAGUACGCUUACAUUCAUACGCAUUAUGGCCUUAUUCUCAAGAACAAGUAGAGGGAGCACAAAAAUUAUUUGUUACACCACAAAUAAUGGCUAAACAUGGAUUUUAUUUUACAGGUGUCGAUGAUGGUGUAACUUGUUUCUAUUGCGGCAAUACGUUGGUGGAUUGGGCGUCUGCGAUAAGUUCGACCAAUGAAAAUAUCGUACAACUUGAACAUGCACGUUUCUUUCCAUGUCGUUUUAUUAUCUAUACAGCUGGUGUGAAAUUUGUAGCCGAUGCUGGAUACUUUCAAACAGUUUCACCUCAAGAACGACGAAAUCGUAAUCCGAUGACAACGAGACCGCAAACGAUGUCGAAAAGUAAAGAUAAGGAACCUCAAACAAUUGAUGAAUGUUUAGCUACAUUUGAAAAUUGGCCACGCAAUGCGCCAAUAUCAGCGCAAGCAUUGGUCGAUUCGGGAUUCUAUUAUCUUGGUCAAGGGCUCAAAGUAAAAUGUUUCAUGUGUGAUCUUGAAGUUGACGAUUGGCGUCAUGGUAUGACCGCCGUUGGUACGCAUCGCAAACGUAGAAAUGAUUGUGAAAUAGUCCGAGCCAUUGAUAGUAUAAAAACCGGUGAUAUUCAAACAGCCAAUGAAAAGUGGCGUCUUGAAACACUUCUUGGUUUAUCGUUUUCUGAGUCAAACGCCGACAGUGGAGAUUCGACUGAAAUCGAUCAACGUUUAUGUCGAGAAUUAGCUGCCUGUGGUUUCUAUCGCUUUAAAAAUACCAAAUUUAUUCGUUGCGCCUUUUGCGGUGUAACCAUCGAACCAAAACUAGACCAGUCAAUUAUGUCACAACAUCGUUAUCUAACUAAACAAUCAAUAAAAAAGACAACAACCACUAAUGAUCAACAUCAUGGGUUAAUGGUUGAUUGUCUUAUAGUACGAGCUCAAUGUCCAGCUAAUAUUGCUAUUCCACAUCGGGAACGUUUUCCAGAAUAUCCUCGAUAUCAAUCGAUAUUUGAUCGUAUUAAAUCAUUCGACAAAUAUAAAGAACGACGUAGAAUGGAGGACAGUUAUAUACGUGAUAUGGCUGAAGGGGGAUUUUUUCUUGAUGAGCAAAGACGUAUGCGAUGUUUUCAAUGUGGAAAUUCGUUACCAUUGAAUGAUAAAAUACGACGCGAAAAAUAUCCACAAUAUACUAUGGCACAAUUACAUGCACAUUUCUAUCCAACAUGUGAAUGGAUUAAAGAAAUAUUAGGAGUUAAAUAUAUCGCACAAGUUCUCCAUGAUCGAUUUAAAUCAAAUGAACCAAAAACUCCAACAUCAUCGCUAUCGUCUCAGUCAACUACUAUAGGUUCAAUCUCGUCUCCUUCAACGACAUCAGCUACCACUGACAUUCCAUCGCCACCGUCAGCAACUUCCCAUGACGAAAAACCUUUUCUAUCGGAUCAAUCAGAAGAUUCAGCAGACGACGAUGAGGGUGAAACUGUAGCUGCGCCGUCUACUACGUAUUUCAUCAAUAAUAAUCUACAAAUACGCUCGCCCCUUCUAAAUUUAACAUCACAUGAAUCAUUAACAACAGAAAAAGCUCAAACUUGUUCAGAUCCAAUCGUUACCAAUGGUUAUACACAAUUGACACCGGCUAGUAUGUCAAGUCAUAUGAAUCCAUUUAAACAGCUACAUUUACAGCAACAACAACAGCAGCAACAACAACAGAUACAUGAAUGUACAGACGAAAGCAUUUCAUCCGAUUGUAGUUCCUAUGAAAUAUCGCCCACGAUUGGAUCUUCGUCGUCGGUUUCUUCGCCGGUCGAUAUACGUUCGUUUCUCGCUCACGAAUCAAAUCGUUUAGAUACAUUUAAACAACAUAUGUGUACUACAUUUGCACAAGUCGAUGUUGCACAUCUCGCUUAUGUAGGAUUUUAUUUGAAUGGCGAAGGUACGACUCUUCUCUGCCCGUGGUGUGAUGUUCAUUUAACUGAACAGCAAUUUCAAAGUAUCAUGACUACACGGCCAAGUGUUGCGCGUCCGCCAUUGAGUGAUGAGCCAUGGACACCCAUGCGUGUACAUCGACAUGCUAAUGGAAUAAUGAUGGACCAAAAUCAUCCAUGGUGUACAUGGGUUCGACGAGAAGCUGGAGGGCUCUAUCCGAAUAUUACUAUGAUAGAAAGUCAAUUGCUCUAUCCAGAAUAUCCAUCGUAUUCAAAAAUUGAAAAACGUAUACAAACAUUUACAUCUGAAUGGACUUAUCCAAGCGGUAGCCGUCUUUCGAAUCAGAUGAUGGCUGAAGCUGGAUUUUUCUAUAUGGGUACCGGCAGUGUUUGUUGUUUUUAUUGCGGUAAUAAAUUACAACAUUUUGAACCACGUGAUUGUCCAUUUGAAGAGCACGCAACAUUUUAUCCGUUCUGUGAUUUUAUACAAAAGGUUCGUGGUCUUGAUUAUGUCAAUCGAAUUAUUCUUGAAUGUGGAAGAAGUACAUUGAUUCCACAAGGACGACUCAAAUAUGAAAAGGAUGGUACACAAAAGAUUAAACGUAUUAUAUUUGAUAAAAGUGGUGCAACAAAACGUAAAAGUGAACGUCCACCAGUAAAUCGAAUAAUUUCAGUUUCAUCUCGUUCAGUCAAUUCACCAGUGCCAACUUCGGAAAAUAUCGAUAAUGCUUGUCUUAUCUGUACAGAAAAACCUGCUAUACAUGAAUAUGAUCCUUGUCAACAUUGCCCAAUGUGCGGCGAAUGUUACGCUCGUUUAGAGCAAAAACAACUCAAUACAUGCAUGCAUUGUUUUCAACCGGCUACUAUACGUAUGCGCGUACCGAAUACGCCUCUUCCCCAGUGA